GGUUUUUUUUUUGAAGCCCGUGUCUGUCAAUGGCUCCUCUCCAAAACAAACACUUCAUCUUUUCCUUCUCCUAUGCUUGAACAUGUCUGACUCCAUUUUGUCAUUUUUUUGCUGCAUUUUUGAUUAGUUAUGGAAGACAAACAUUGCCUAUUUAACUGGUGUACAAAUGGGUGCGAGCAGACGUCUCGUGUUUCCUCGUAAAUAGGAAGGCACACCUGGCCAUCCAUCACUGUCUGUCUCGCUCUCCAGGCAGCAGAUGUCGCAGGGCCGUCAUAAUUCUUUGGCAGAUAUUGUCUGUCGGAGCCCCCCCCCCCCAUCCCUCACCCCCUGAGGUCUAACCUAGUUUACGCUGCAGUCCGUCUUCUACGAACUCACAUUGUGUCGCCCUGUGCAGCAAUCAGUGGCCUUUUUAAACGGACGUUAUGCUCACUAAGCUGUUUUCUGUGUAACACAGCAGUGAAAGGACAGGGAGAGCUGGCAGGAAAAUCACUAUAGGAAUGCAUGUUGUUUGUGAAAUAUAUUACAUCUAAAAAGUGUUUUGACAAAUUUUCCAUUAUGUCUUCAAUGUUGUGUAACACCAUAAAUUUACUGUUUUCCCCUUUUUUAAAGGCCGCAUGAACGCACCACAGUAAGGGAGCGGGGCGCUUACGAGCCAAUGAAUGGACUGUGAAAAUAGGCAGUGAAAGAACAGAACCAUCUCCCAGGUACAGCCGUGGCCCCUCACCUGUGUUGGGAGUACGUGUCUUGCAGAUCAACUCUUGCUGCAAUACGCCGCGCCCUCACCGACGACAAAUAUUUAGUCGUUCGCGGCGGCCACACAGCGAAGGCCGAGGCGGCGCGGCCGCAUUAGCUCUGCUGCAGGAUGUGGCGCAAUGCUCAGUCGCCAUGGCAACGGCUCUCCUCCUCCUCGUGGACGUAUAACUCGUCGCCGCCUCUUCCCUGCGGACACAUUCAUUCGUUGCCAGAUUCAUUGGCUGUCGACUCGCUUGAAACAAAAACUUUCUGUUUUAAUUAGUUUGCUGCAGUGUGUCGCCGCGUCAUCCAUCUAUCUGCGUCGCUCCCUCCACCGCCGCCGCUGCCGCCGCCGCCCCCUCUUCUCCGUCCUCUCUAUCGCCUCCUCCACGCGCUCCCGCUCGCUCUCCAGUGUAAUUAAAGCCAGCCAGUGUGGAUAAUAGAACUGUAAUGGUGUGUAAUUGUGAUAAUCAAUACAUAGUGCAUUCUAUAGAAGUCAGCAUUUUUUCACAUUUCGAGGAUGUUGCUGUUUCAUCCCUGUCUGCUGCCUCGUAAAAAAACGAUGCCCUCGCUGACCUUGACGAUGACAUUUCAGUCAUUAAAUCGCAUUUAGCCUCCACGUACGCUACCAUUUGCAGAACAUCACUUAGCGUUAGCAGUUUUCCAAGGACAAACCACUUUUUGCCUGCUGAAGACUUAGUUGGUGCAUCAUUUAUCUGGCCUUACCGUUAUCAUGUAAGUUAGCAUCACAUACACUCCUGGUUAUAAAUUUAAGACCAUUUUAAUCAUUGUAAGAGUGUUGUAUCUUAAUAGGUUCAUCAGUGGAGCUUCAAAAUGCAAAAAAAUGAGAAAUGGGAAUGAGACAGCUGUCCGUCAAGACGUGUGACAAGUUGAGGUUGGUACCAAGAACAGAACAUCAGACGGCAUCUUGGUGAGAAGGGCUUUGAGAUCAAAAGCGUCUUCAAAGGCCUUGUUAUUUUCAAUGCCAUAAAAUUGCUCAUUUUUGGAAUUUGCAGGGGCUGCACGGUGGUCAAGUGGUUAGCGCGCAGGAGACCCGAGUUCAAUUCCACCCUCGGCCAUCUCUGUGUGGAGUUUGCAUGUUCUCCCCGUGCAUGCGUGGAUUUAAUUCCAUUCCAAAAACAUGCUAGGUUAAUUGGCGAAAUUCUCCAAAUUGUCCAUAGGUGGGAAUGGGAAUGGGAAUGCUUGUCUAUAUGUGCCCUGUGAUUGGCUGGCGAGCAGUCCAGGGUGGACCCCGCCUCUCGCCCGAAGACAUCUGGAGUAGGCUCCAGCACCCCCUGCAACCUUGUGAGGAUAAGCGGUAGAAAAUGAAUGAAUGGUUUAUUUUAACAUUUUACACUUAUUUUACAUAUAGACAACCAUUCCCAUUCAUAACUAAAUGGGAAUGGGAAUGGUUGUCUAUUCCCAUUCAUACCUAAAUGGGAAUGGUUGUAAAUAUGUGCCCUGUGAUUGGCUGGCGACCAGUCCAGGGUGUACCCCGCCUCUCGCCCAAAGACAGCUGGGAUAGGCUCCAGCACCCCCGCGACAUUCUUGAGGAUAAGCGGUAGAAAAUGAAUGAAUGAAUGGAAUUUGCAGGAGAUCACCAAACAUCGGGACAUUGAAAGGUGGAAGAACGUUUUAUUCUCCUUUGACGGUCCUGAUGGCUUCCAAAGUCAUGACCAGGAGACCCCGCCUGAGAUGUUUUCCAGUGGAGUGGGCGCCAUCAUAAUCCUUCAAUGGAACAAUGGAGCUUCAUGUUGUGCAGGGGUGUCAAACGGCAUCCGGCAAUGUGUGUUGCAGGCUCAGAUACCCAAGUGAAGAUUCAAACUUGCGUCUUCCCGUCUCCUUAAGCUCCAACUGCAAAAGGCACUUCGAGAAGUUCAGUGGAAACGAGUCUUGGGUGGGCCAACAAACAUCUUGGAACCAGCGACCAGCGCUGGCAGGGGACUGCGUCCUCCCCCCAUGGACAUCACUUGGACUAUACCUGGAUUACUCUGACGGAAAUAAGAGGCAAGAAGCGUGGGAAUUGAUGAUCCCGGAGCGUCGUCCUGGAAGAGGAUUUGUGAAGCGAAGCAUCAACGGGAGGAGGAGCGGGUGAUCGGAACAGGGCGAGGAGGAGGAGGAGAGGAAGAAUAUGGGCCAUUCUUCCGUCUGCUUCUUUCUCCUGUUCCUUUGCCUCCACCAGCGGAGUGUUACGGCGCAAGCUGAAGCGUGCAGGACGGCGGUGCAGGCAGACCUGGUCUUUCUCGUGGAUGAGUCAUGGACUGUGGGCCAGAGCGGCUUCUCCAGGGUUAAAGACUUCAUCUCAGCCAUGGCGUCCUCCUUCAAGGACAGCGUUAUAGGACCUGAGGGGGUCCGCUUCGGAGUCACAGUCUUUGGGGACGUCCCCAGGAUGCGGAUCGCUUUGACGGACUACAGCUCCCUGGAGGAGGUGCUCGGGGCUAUCAGAAACCUGCCCUAUGAGGGCGGGUCCAGGAAGACGGGCGUCGCACUCCAGUUUCUUGUAGACCGUGUUUUCAGCGCCGCCAUCAGUCGAGACCACGCACCUAAGGUGGCUGUUUUGAUUACAAACGGACCCUCGGACGACCCGAUUGAUGCCGCGGCUCGAGAAGUGGCCGAUCAUGGGAUUUCACUCUACGCUGUCGGUGUGAGUGGAAGCCAUGUGUCAGAGCUGAGAACUGUGGUGUCUCAACCCCACGAGGAGCACCUCUUGCACGGUGCUGACUUCUCCCUCUUGGAGACCCUCCUUCCCAAAUUGUCCCGCAGGGUGUGUUUCACCGCCUCUGAGCCGCCGCGACCUGUUAAAACACACCAGCCUGUCGAAGAGCCUAUAGUGGGUCCCAAAGAUCUACAGGUCAGCGAGCUGGCCUAUGGGUCCCUGAGACUGACAUGGACCCCAGCCACAGGGGACGUCGCAGGGUAUCGAGUCCUGGUGGUCCCUCUCAGCUCCAGAGGACAGCCUGUCCAAUCGCAGCAGAGACUGAUCAACCUAAAGCCAGAUGUGACAACGGUCAUGGUGGCGGAGCUGGAUGCAGAAACGUCUUAUUCUCUGAGCGUGUAUGCCGUGUAUCCCAGCCUCAUUGGAGAGUCUGUGACUACCACCGCCCUGACAACGCCAUUGCCCCGAGUGCUAAACUUCCGUGUGAUUGAAGAAGGCCUCUUCUCACUCCGUUUGGGCUGGACGCCUCCUCUGGGAAAGCUCAACGGAUUCAAGAUCUUCAUCCCGAGAUCCAACCGACCAGGAUUUGCGUACGAGCAGCUUCUUCCGGGAGAUGCCUCCUCUCACGUGAUUGACAGCCUGGAGGAGGACAAGAAGUACACCGUCAGUAUUUGUGCAGUUUACCCACAGGGAUCGAGUGAACCGGUUUCCACAGCAGGAAGGACAUUAAAGCUGAUUCCAGUUCAGGAGCUCCUGGUCCAGAACGCCACCACUGACACUGUCCAGGCCAGAUGGACAUCAGUCAGAGGCGCGACAGGAUACCGUCUUACCUGGGCCUCGCCAGACGGCCACAUCGAGAACAUUAACCUCAGGGACGCCUUUAGCUUCUACAUGAUCCAGGGCCUCCACGCGGGCACCGAGUACACCAUCACUAUGAAUCCCAUCUUUGGAGACAUGGAGGGGCCGGUCACGUCCACUAAAGUCAAGACAUUGGAAAACAGCGCGGUGCAAACCCUGAAGGUAUCAGCAGUGAGCACCAGCGCCGCCGUCAUUACGUGGAACGGCGUCCCAGGGGCCACAGGAUACCGCCUGGCUUGGGGACCCACCGCAGAGUUUGUCGGUCGGGACCGCCCCAGGCAGUUGGCUCUGAACGGCACCACUGCAGAGUACCAGCUGAAGAACCUCGCCCAUGACACCGAGUAUGCGCUUACUCUCUAUGUGCUCUUCGGGUCUGUGGUCGGGCCCGGGAUCACUGCUACCUUCCGAACUUCUCCUCUUGGAUACGUGUCCACUUUUGAGGUGACGUCUUACACCAGCUCCUCCAUUGGUGUGCGGUGGAGUCCAAUAGUGGGCGCUACUGAGUACAAACUCUCUUGGAACACUGACUACAGCAGCCCCCAGUCUCGCUACUUGGACCACAGUGUUCUGGUCUAUCACAUCCAGGACUUGAACCCACAGUCCACUUACACAAUCACAGUCCGUGCGUUAUACGGCAACACGGAGGGGCCAGAAAUCUCCUUAACUCAACUCACAGCUGCUGACCCGGACGCAGAACCACUCCCGGCAGUGAAGGAGGUCAAGGUUGUGGACACUGGCGUCGACUCCGUCACCCUGUCCUGGAGGACCACGCCUGCUGCAUCCGGGUAUAAGGUCUCCUGGAUUCACUUCACGGGGGGGGAAGAAAAGUCCAAGGUUGUACCUGCUGAUGUUACACUCUUCACUAUUAAGAACCUACGCCAGGGCUCGGCUUACAAGAUCCAAGUGUCCUCCGUAGCGGGCAGCCGGGAGGGAAGUUCUGUCCUGGUCACAGCACGCACUUUGGAGCUUCCGAGAGUGAACGGUUUCACGGCAAUGAACACGACAGACAGCGGUACAGUUCUAAACUGGACGCGUGUGGCUGAUGUCUCCGGGUACCUUCUUAGCUGGCGGCACAUCUCAGUGUUUGAGACUAAAAAAGAGACGCUGGGUCCUGGUUUCACCUCCUUUAAAGUCAGCAAUCUCUUAUAUGGCAGAACCUAUAUUUUCUCCAUUAGGCCUUUGUAUGGGAAAGUGGAGGGGCCGGUUAGCACUGUUUACCAGCGAAUCGUGGGACAGCAUCCUCCAACAUCCCAGCCAGCAACAGUUGCUCCUCAUGUCACAGCCAACACCACAGUUCCUCUGAUGGCAACAAGGGGCACCAAAAACCCUGUUUAUAUGCCACCAAUUCAACCCAAUACCACGAAGAGGACUCCAAGUCAUCACAAAGCAACCACACCCCAGUCAACCACAGCUAGCAGCGAGACCACGGCACAACUAAACUCAAAACCAGAUUGCAGCACGAGCAAAGUAGACCUGGUGUUCCUGGUGGAUGAGUCGUCCAGCAUCGGUGCAAACAACUUCAACAAGAUGAAGGACUUCAUAUUCCGAGUGACAACCUAUUUCCCUGUCGUUGGCCCUCAAGGCAUACAAAUAGCCGUGGUUCACUUCAGCGACGAGCCCCGAAUCCAAUUCCAACUCAACGAUCACAAAGACCGGAACUCUGUGCUCAGGGCGCUGAGGGGGUUACCCUAUGGGGGGGGCAACACCAGGACAGGAAAAGGCAUCAGCUACGUCCUGCAGGAACUGUUCCAAGAGUCUCUGGGCAUGAGGCGGGGCGUCGCUCAUGUUCUGGUUCUCAUCACAGACGGAAAGGCCCAGGACGAUGCGGUGCCCCCCUCCAGAAUCGCAAGAGCUCUGGGUGUCAGCGUUCUGGCGGUGGGUGUGGCCAAUGCCGACCUGCAGGAGUUGAGAAGCAUUGUGACCCCCAGCAGCUACAAGAACAUCUUCUAUGCGCCCACCUUCGAUGACUUUCCCUUCAUGGAGAGAGAAUUCCUGGGGAGCAUCUGUAGUGAGGAACUCUUCUCUGAGUUCAACCUGCAUGAUGAUGAGAAGUUGACUCAGCUGGACACACCCACUGAUGACCCACCUCAGCCUCCUUGCCCCUCCCACUGUGUCAAGGGCCAGAAAGGAGAAAAGGGAGGCAGUCCUGGUCUUGGAGGUCUGCAAUUCAGGCAAAUUCCCGGACCGUAUGAUCCGUUUACUUCCACCAAGGGGGAGAAAGGUGAAAAGGGGCCUCCUGGAACAGAUGGCAUUCCUGGCUUGCCUGGACGGCCUGGAAGAACCGGACCCCCAGGUUCCGGUGGCCAGCGGGGCCCCCCAGGGGUGCCAGGUGAUACGGGUGCUCCUGGUCUUACUGGUCCAAAGGGCCAAAGGGGGGAGAGAGGAGAACCUGGUUAUGUCAUCGCAGGCCCUGAUGCAAACUUCAUCCCCGGGAGAAAAGGGGAACCAGGAUCCUCAGGACCUCCAGGUAUACCAGGAGCCAUAGGAGUUCCAGGUCCACCGGGAGUGUCUGCCAAGGGCGAUAAUGGAGAACCAGGAGAAAAGGGUUUACGUGGGAAGCCGGGUACUAAGGGUGACAAAGGAGAAGAAGGAAACCAUGGUAUAGCAGGCUUGCCUGGCCCAAUGGGUGCCGAUGGUGUAGCAGGCUUACCGGGUCAGAAAGGAGAGAAGGGUGUAGAUGGAGCCGGUGUUCAGGGUGCUCCGGGUCCUCGUGGAGAACCAGGAGAGAAGGGAAAUGUGGGCGCCACAGGACCGGUGGGCCCAAAGGGUGAUCUUGGAGAACAAGGCGUCCAAGGAGCCAUCGGACCUCGGGGGAAGAAGGGAUUGAAAGGGGAGCAAGGGGACAAGGGGGAACAAGGAGAAAGGGGACCCGCUGGACCACUUGGACCCACAGGGCCAGUCGGCUUAAAGGGAGAUCAGGGUCCCAGAGGAGCCCCUGGAGACCCCGCUAAGGGUUUUAUUGGACUGAGUGGAAAAAAGGGCAUACGGGGAGACGUCGGUCCAGUCGGUGCUACGGGUCCUCAGGGGAUAAAGGGUGAACAAGGAGACAAAGGAGAAAAGGGAAGUCCAGGUUUUGGGAUUCCGGGGCAGCGUGGACCAAAAGGAGACAAUGGGGAUAGAGGAAAUGUCGGUUUAUCUGGAAAACCAGGUCCAAAGGGACAGGACGGCUCUAAAGGCGACAAAGGUGAUGUUGGGUCACCAGGAACUCCUGGACAGCCAGGAUUAAGAGGUAAAGAUGGAGGACAUGGAAGUACAGGACAACAAGGGAUAAAGGGAGAACAAGGACUGCUUGGACAACCUGGUGACAGAGGACUCAGGGGACCACUGGGCUUACCAGGACAACCAGGAGACCAGGGCAAGAAAGGGGAUACUGGGAAUGCUGGUCCAGCAGGUCGUGAUGGACAGAAAGGCGAAAAAGGCCAGCCGGGAAAACCUGGACCUCCGGGAACGCAACCUGUUGGAGACAGCAUCCUGACCCGAGUGAUUAAGGGUGAGGCGGGGGAGCCAGGUUCGAAGGGAGAGACGGGCCUACCUGGACCAAGAGGUCCGGAGGGUAAACCUGGACUUCCGGGAUCUUCUCUGGGGGGUUCUGGAAGAGAUGGACUUGAUGGUUCGCCAGGAGAACCAGGCAUGAAGGGGCAAAAGGGAGAGACCGGCGCGAAAGGAGAACGAGGCGAGCAGGGUCGAAUCGGGAUUGCGGGAAUGCCAGGAUUACCAGGAACUCCGGGAAGACCCGGCAUCGAUGGGAAGCGAGGACUGCCGGGAAAAGAUGGCGAAAGAGGAAUAAAAGGAGAGGAAGGCAAACAGGGUCAUAAGGGAGACACGGGCUUAAACGGAAAAGACGGCAGUAAAGGAGAGCCAGGAGCACCAGGGUUGCCUGGAAAACAGGUCCUCGUCACUGCGGAGGGCGCCACCAUCGCCGAAACUAGACAAGCCUUUCCCAUCCCCAUGGGUCCUCCAGGAGCUCCUGGCUCUCCCGGAAUGAAGGGGGAUAAAGGAGACGUAGGCAUGAAAGGAGAACAGGGUGAUGCCGGAGUGCCCGGAAAAUCACCUGAGAUGAAGGAUCUUGAAGUGAUGUUUGAAGCCUAUGGCAUCAAGCUGCCUUUGCUGAAGGCUUUGAUGGAGACGCUGCUACAGGGCGGCAUCGAGGAGCUACUUCACGCAUUGGGAAGCUUCAAGAAAACCAAGACAAGCGAAGAAUCGCAAACGUCUAACAUCAUCAGCGAGUACACAAGUUCAAUGAAGGCUGACCUUUCCAGUCGAGACGCCAUUGAGGGGUUUGAAUUGGACCAGCCUACAAAGGAUUCCUGGAAUGACACUGCAGAGGGUCCAACAAUAUUGACAAUGGCGCCACCGAAAGAACAGGUGGAGGAACUCGAUGCAAUGCUAAAUGUGACCAAAGAGGAGACGACGGUGAAUCAAACAUCUUUACUCAACGCAAACUCAACUUUUAAUUAUACUACAAACCAGAAGGGACCAGGAAAUGUCACCCUUGCUCAAGUGAACCCUGGGAGGAAAAGCGCAGGACACAAGAGGCAGAACCGGGAACGGGGGAAGGGCAAAGGAAAUAAAAGACGACAUAAGAGGCAGAGACAUCGCCUGACAAGCGAGGAGCCGGAAAAGGAAGCAGAGGAGUUUCACGACAGUGAAGAUUACGACCAGGAGGAGGAGGAGGAGGAGGAUGAGGCGUCACUGCCAACCCCUCCACUCAGCACACAGGAAGCAGACAAGACGGACUUAAUCAUUAACACAAGCGGAGGGAGGCGGCGGCGGCACAUUGAGUUGGAAGACGAGCAUCCGGUUGAGGAUGUUUACCAAGAAGAGCACCCUCCGCCUGACGAUGAAGAGUGGAGUGGCAACUGGGAGGAAGAUGUAGACCGAGAGGAGGCUGAGAUGACGAGGGAGGAGUGGGAUAGGAGGCAGGGUGAGGAAGAACCCGAACACCCUUACCCGUACCCCCCUGAGUAUUUGUACCUCAAGGGGCAGCCAGGGGAGGACGGUAAACAAGGUCCAAAGGGGGGCGUUGGAGAAAAGGGACAAAAGGGAGAGCCAGGCAUCGGCCACCGAGGGCCUGAGGGCCAAGCUGGUCCGCCCGGCAACAAGGGGGAACCGGGGGAGAUGGGACCGCCUGGUGCUCAGGGCAUCCAGGGCAUCCUUGGUAGCCCCGGGAUUCAGGGUCCCUCAGGCGUCAAGGGCCCGCCAGGGGAUCCGGGGGAGCCAGGCAGAGAGGGCGAGCGAGGGAGACGGGGGAAAAACGGGACGCCGGGAGCGCCUGGACUUGCGGGGGCAGCGGGACCUGACGGGCCUCCUGGUGUGCCUGGAAUGAAAGGAGAAAAGGGUGACAGUGUUCCUGGAGAGCCAGGGCCUCAGGGUUUGUCUGGCUUCCCUGGAAAAAAGGGUGACCCAGGCUCCCCGGGUGCGUCAGGUGCUCCAGGAACGAUAGGUGUCAAGGGGGCGAGAGGCUACAAAGGUGUAAAGGGUGAACGUGGCUUGCCCGGAGUCAGAGGAGAACGGGGUAGUACGCUUCAGGUUCAAGGACCUCGUGGAUUUAAGGGUGCCAAAGGGGACGCGGGUGAGCGAGGCUCCCCGGGUUUUGAUGGCGAUAAAGGAGAGAAGGGCGAGGAUGGGCCGCCUGGAGUCAAGGGCCUGAAGGGGGAUGCGGGCAUCAAGGGCAUGAUGGGACGUUUUGGACCUCGGGGACCAGUCGGCCAGAAGGGAGAUCCAGGUGAACCAGGCAUCAAUGGGGCCAUGGGUGACAACGGAGUCGAUGGAGUGAACGGCGGCAAAGGGGACAAAGGAGACACAGGGCUGCAAGGCCACAGGGGCCAGCAGGGGGGUGCAGGAGGCGUAGGAUCACCAGGAGAUAAAGGCGUGAAAGGAGAGAAAGGAUUCCGGGGAGUCCCGGGACACUUUGGGAAUCCCGGCAGUGAUGGUGAAAAGGGGGAUGGAGGGACACCUGGCACCCCCGGCAUACCUGGCCUGAGUGGACUGCCUGGACGGAAGGGAGACAAAGGCAACGCUGGUACCAACGGCAUUAAUGGUGACCCGGGAGGAAAAGGAAUAAAGGGUGCCACCGGUUUCCCAGGCUUCCCAGGGUUCAAGGGCUCAGCCGGUAAACCAGGAAAGGACGGAAACCGAGGACCACCGGGGACCCCAGGCCUCCGUGGGGACACAGGACCCAAGGGUGUGCGAGGCAGGAGAGGCAAAGUGAAGCCGUGUGAAAAAGGAGAGCCCGGGACGCCUGGGCUGAGAGGACAGAGUGGAAUGCUGGGAUAUGGAGGUGCAAAGGGGGAGAAGGGAGAGCCUGGCCUCUCAGCUCAUGAAGUGAAGAACAUAGUCACUCAGGAGGUGGUGCACAAGUGUGGUUUAGACUACAAGUUCAUGGUCCGGUCAGUGGAUCCUGAUGGAAGAACCUCAGACGCCGACCUUUCUUACGACCUCAAUGAGGCUCACGUGGAAGAAGAUGAAGACGACAAAGGCAAAGAUGAGGGAAAGAUGGAGGUUCAGGAAGGACUUUCGUACAACAGCACUGAUCCCGUGGAGGGCGGGGCCACCAGGACGAAAAGAAGAGUAUUUGGAUCGGGAGCCUCUGGGUCGGAGCGCUGCCUGGAAGCCAUGUCGGAAGGAACCUGCUCAGAUUACGCCCUCCUCUGGUACUUCCACGCCGACUCGGGCGAGUGCCGUCCCUUCGUGUACGGCGGCUGCGGCGGAAACCGUAACCGCUUCCUCUCUAAGCUGGACUGCCACAAUUGGUGCGUGGAGGACAGAAGGAGGCGGGGGGGAGAAGAGGACACACACACACACACACACACGAUGCUGUCGUCCCUCAAAACCCUGCUGCUGCUGUCCGUCGUGUGUACGCCCUCCUCCGGCCUCUGCCUCCGCCUGUCCAACGGACGCCCCUCCCUCCUCUGUGACCACCAGAUGGCCGUCAGUUUCCGGGGUGGCGACGACGACAUGACCGGCUACUCCCUCGAGGACGCCUGGGGGUCCCUCCUGCAACCGGCGGAGUACCUCUAUUCUUCAUCCUCCGAGUCUGAAAGUCGAGAGAAAAGGACUUACAACCCGGUGAAGUCGCGGUUCCAAAGCCGGGCAAAGCUCCGGGGCCCUCUGCCCCGCAACAGCCUCAAGGGGGCGCGGAGGAGCCGGCUGACUCUGUCCCUGGACGUGCCCACCAACAUCAUGAACGUCCUCUUCGACGUGGCCAAAGCCCACAACCUGCGUGCCAAGGCGGCAGAGAACGCCCGCUUACUGGCUCAGAUCGGGCGGAGGAAGUGACGCAGUGUGAACGUUUUUCUUUUCUUUAAAGGAACUUUAUGUGUGUCAACAAUGACUUGUUGAUGUUUUACAGCUGUCGGAAGGUCAAAGGUAACAGCGCCAUUAUGCACGCCCUUCCUGUGUUCAUGAAAAUGUCAUUUUAUGUUUGUAAAACUAUUCUUCAAAUGUGUUCUAUAAUUCAAUCAUUGUACUGUACGUACAAUUAUAUAUUGUAAAUUGUUAUUAGUUAUUGUAAGUUUGAGUCUGCGUCUUUCUUCUUUCAGGCCAACAUUAUUUUCCAAAAAAAAACAACUUUGUGGAAUAGCUUUUUAACAUUUCAUUUCCAACCGAUUUCAUCUUCUCAUUUUGAAUUCAUUUUAAAAAUGUUGUUUGAAGGUUCUCCUGAGAGCAGCGAGGAACACCAGCAGUGGUGUCAGACAGAGAUAUGAGGAAUGUGUGCUCAUCAGAUGUGUUAUUUUUAUACUCAGGAAAAAAAAGGAUUAUUUUUCCCCAAAUAAAGCAG